UCAACAAAGCACACCUUACCAUGUGGUGUUUUGUGGGUUUUUAAAAACGCUGAAUUUGAAGAACUAAUUGGAGUAAAUCUAUAUUUAAAGGCCAAGCUAACUGUGUGAUUUUGUAUCCAUAAAUUUGUCACCAUGCCUAAAUCAAAAAGGGAUAAAAAAGUCUCACUUACAAAAACGAACAAGAAAGGACUCUUACUAAAGCAAAAAACUAUUGAAGAAAUAAGAAACUCCUUAUCCAAGUAUGAACAUAUCUUCUUAUUUACUGUUGAUAAUAUGAGGAAUACCAAGUUGAAAGAUUUACGAAACGAAUGGAAGGAUUCGAGGUUUUUCUUUGGAAAAAAUAAAGUAAUGGCUGUAGCCCUUGGCAGAACUAAAAGUGAUGAGGUUGAGGAUCAACUUAACUUGCUUUCCAAACGGUUAAAAGGCCAAUGUGGUUUGUUGAUGACAAACAGAGAUGUCAUGGAUGUUAUACAGUGGUUCAAGGAAUACCAUGCUACAGAAUAUGCUCGGUCUGGCUUCGUAGCUACAAAAGAUGUUAUCUUACCGGCAGGACCUCUUGAGGACUUUUCCCACACUAUUGAACCCCAUCUUAGACGGCUGGGUUUACCGACUUCGCUAGAAAGAGGAGUUAUAAACCUUAUUAAAGAGUACCAGGUGUGCAAAAAAGGUGCCACUUUGACUCCUGAGCAAGCAAGUAUAUUGAAACUUUUGAGUAUUCAAAUGGCGCAAUUUAAGCUGGUAAUAAAAUGUCACUGGACUAAAGGCAAGGGUUAUCAAAAGAACCUUGAAGUACCUAGUGAUGAUGAAGAAGAUGAGGAUGACAAAGAUGAAGAUGAGGAAAUGGAAGAAGAUGAAACUUAAUAAAAUAAUAUUAUGUAUUAAACAAUUUGUUUCAAUUU